AUGUCACUCAUCAAUGGAAAGACCAAGGGCGCUGCUUGGUUUGUCUCGCACUGUGCCACGAACAGCAAGAGGGAAGUGUACGUGAAAGAACUGAAGGAGAGCUUCCCUGUGGACGUCUAUGGUGGCUGUGGACAUCUAAAGUGUGCCCGAGGAGGAGCCUGUGAAAGUAUGUUGGACAAAGAGUAA